UGCAUAUAUAAGAGUGCUGGUAUAUCCAAGCUAUCAGAAACUCGGAUGCCUGAUUGCUAGAUCAAUUUAAAAGGUGCAUACCUGGAUAACGUUAAAGCGUAGUAAUUAUUUCAAUGUGCGCAAGAAUGAUUUGGUUACGUGCAUACGUUGUUUUGGUGAUGUUGAUGAUAGAAACCUGUGGCGCAAACAGGGUUACCAGAUUGGAACGGCAAAUGAAACUCGUGAAAGGCUUUCAGUCAUACGUUGAGUUGAGAUUGGACACAAUUGAAGGAGAUUUUGGUGCAUUAUCUGAAAGAGUAUCAAAUCUUGAAUCACUAAUGAAAUCCUCCGAUAAUAACACUGGAGGGACUGACAAUCCAACGAAUGGGCAUAGUAAAGGGACAAUAAAUACACAAUCUACUUUUGACGAUAUAAAAACUACUCUCCAAAUGUAUAAACAUUCGUUUCAAAAACAAAAAAAAGAACUCGUCAAUGCCAAUCAUGAUGUCAAAGACACCUUGUCGGCAUUUCUGUCAAACGCUUCCAAAACUGUUGACACAUUAGUCAACACAGUUAGCGACCAUGUAAGAAACAGCGCAAAAAAUGUAUCAGCUUCUUUGGAAAAGAACGUCUAUGCAACACGGGCACAUGUCCAAAACGAAACGAUUCAGCUAGAAAAGAAGGUUGAAGAGCUAAUAGGCAAAGCAAAUGAAGUUGUUGGUAUCAUUGAUGAGCAGAGAUCUUCAAUAGAAGACGGCAUUAUGGUCACCAUCAGGGCGCUUCACAUUUCCUGGGGUGACUGGUCUGCAUGGUCCGACUGUUCUCAGUCAUGUGACAGGGGCAGGAAAAGUAGACACAGGUCAUGUAAUGUACCUCCACUUUUUACUGAUGGCAUUUGUACUGGUGAUGAUACAGAAACAGAGGAAUGCGUCAUUCACGAGUUUUGUCCAUAUUUGAGUGAAUGGUCACCAUGGUCCCGAUGUUCCCGAACAUGUAACAAUGGAACAACGACGAGAGACAGAACAUGCCAUGCUCCAGCUUCGAUCACCGCUACAUGCCAAGGAAAUAUAACUGAAAAUCAGACAUGCCGGACGUCAGUCGAAUGUCCAGUGGAUGGCCAAUGGGAUAUAUGGUCGACAUGGAGCACCUGUUCUUUGCCCUGUGGUGACGGCGUGGAGACCAGAAACCGAUCUUGCUCCGAUCCAAGUCCAUCUCAUAGCGGGAAACCGUGCCCGGGACCUGACGUUGAAACACAACCAUGCAACUUGCAGCAGUGUAUCGUUGCAUAUGACUGCAGCGAUGUGUUAAAACGAGGCUUGCCACGUGGUUCGGGUGUGUACAAAAUCACGCCCUGGAAUACGCACAAGGAAGUGGAGGUUUACUGCGAUAUGGAUACCGAUGGUGGUGGGUGGACGGUGUUUCAAAGACGAUUUGAUGGGUCUGUUGACUUCAACAGGAGAUUUAAGGAGUACGAGCAGGGUUUUGGCUCACUGGAUGGUGAAUUGUGGAUUGGUCUGGAUCUUCUUCACUCCAUUACAAGCCGAGCUAACAUGAACUUACGCAUUGACUUGAGUUUACCAAACGGAACUACUGGAUUCGACGAGUACUCGGGGUUUUAUAUUUCUCCACCAGACCAAUACAUCUUCAACGUUGAUAGGAGGAUCAACUCAGCAGGAAUGUCCGGUUCCUAUCUUCUCUCCGACAUCAGUGAUCAUGGGCAUAUGAACCACCAGCCGUUUUCAACAUUCGAUAGAGACGUGGACAAGUGGUUGUCUAAUAACUGUGCCCGAAACUAUGGAGCAGGCUGGUGGUACAAUUACUGCACGUACAGUAACCUGAAUGCACGGUACAAUAGUGACGGCUAUAGCGGCCGCUUUUAUUACUAUUCCUUCUCGAACACAAGGUUGAAGACGUCGACUAUGAUGCUACGAUUGAGUAAUUAAGAUUUAACCGCAGCAUUUAAUGCAUUUAAUUAUGGUUAGUUCAUUUAAACAGUGUUGUGGAAUUAUGAACUUGAUGCUAUGUUUAAACACAAUCAACUAUUUUAAGCAUUUAAGGUAAACAUUCCGGCCUUUUCCUAAAGCUAUGAAAUGUGCAAUUUGAUUUCUAACUCAAACAUGUUCGUGUUUUGUGAAGUUAGUGAUAGUUCAAAUCAUUUACAUAACUCUUUCAUAGACACCAAAAGGCAACACGCGGAUAAAUUAUUUGAAUUAUUUUGCCCAAUAUCUCGAGGUGGAGAAAAUUUGCAUCGUUUUUAUUAUUAUUUUGGUAGACUUGUUUUAGUUAUUAUUUAUCACAGUUCAUCGGCAGAAUGUUUUUAGGAUAUAGACAAUCUCGCUUUAUUCAAUACGAAAUAGUAAAGUAAUUUUAUAAAAUAUCGUAUUGUAUGACCAGGAAGUGAGAUUCAAGUUACAGAAUUAAUACUUAUUUGCCAGUUUACAGCGCCAAAAACACAGCCAUUUUUAACGAUAUAAAUUUAUUACGUUUCGUCAUUCGCUUUGGAUAUUUAUUACACUAUUUGAUAUCAAAAGUAUAAUAUGAGUCUUUUUAAGGAAUGAAUUGCAAGAUUAAUGUCAUUAUCGGGGUAUAAACGCAGUUCGGCUGAUUAAAGUAUGUGGAGACCGAACAUGACAUAUUUUCACGCAAUUCAUCACUUAUAUUAACACCAAUAGUUCAUUAUUUCUGUCAAGAACUGUUAAGAAAUACUUCUUAUUUAAAGUAAUUAUUGCUCACCUAUUCUGUUAAUUGACCGACUCGACCGCAACCGAACACAGUUUAUCAUAUUACGUAACAAUAGCUUCCAAAAUAUAUUUUUAACGUCAAAAUUAAAACGCUAAUGACAACAAUGCAUAAAACAUUUAAUAAAUUACAAAUGUAACACUUUCUUACAUGUUAAUUUAAGUUCCUUUGUGGCCUGGUGGCCCAUUAAUAACAAUAACAAGAUAAACACUUCCUGACGUGUUGAUUUAAAUUGUUUUGUGGCCUGGUGGCCCAUUAAUAACAAUAACAAGAUAAACACUUCCUGACAUGUUGAUUUAAAUUGUUUUGUGGCCUGGUGGCUCAUUAAUAACAAUAACAAGAUAAACACUUUCAAAUAUACAUAUAUAUUGAAACUCGAUGAUUCGCAAGCGGUUGCAUACAUCGAAAAAAUGUCCUUGCCGAAAGGCAGUUUAUUUAAAGAAUGGAAGUUAGAGUGAAGAUAUUCCAUAAUGAUGACGUCACUUAUUAUUUAAGAAAUAUUGGACACCACCGAGGGCCAUAUGGCAUUAUAAGGACCGGCCAGUCAGCCCCCGAAGGUGAAUAUGGAACGAGGCGUUAGCCGAUGUCCAUUCACUUUCGGGGGCUGACUACCCGGUCCUUAAAAUGCCAUUUGGCCCGAUGUGGGGUGUUAUAUUUCUUAUAUUAACACUUUUUUACAAUUUAUUAAUUUAAAGCGCCUUUGAUGAGUUCUAUUGAACAAAUAUAAUAAAGUUUACUUGUGAAAACAAAUGUCAUUGUGAAAAUUGCAAGCAGCACUCACCAGUUUUAUGACGUCAGCGGUCCAUAUUAUAUGACGUCAGUGGUCCAUAUUAUAUUUUUGGCGAGGUCCGGACCGACCAAAACAUGAUAUGGACCGCUGACGCCAUACAAACUAGAUUUUUAUUAAAAUACAUUGAUAUACGGAUCGAUCAACUUUAUAUACACAAAGAAGGGACUUAUUAAUGUAAGGUAUAAUAUAUUCACUGGAUACAAUUUUGUUUCAAGGUAUCCCUCUAAUGAACGUGAAGUGUACAUAUUAUUAUUAUUAUCAUGUUGUAAUUUGUAUGGUAAUGUUUCUUUAACUAGCGUGAAGUGUACAUAUUAUUAUUAUUAUCAUGUUGUAAUUUGUAUGGUAAUGUUCCUUUAACUAGCGUGAAUUGCACAACAUGUUAUUAUCAUGUUGUUAUUUGAAUGGUAAUGUUACUUUUUACUAGCGUGAAGUGUACACAUUAUUAUUAUCAUGUUGUAAUAUGAAUGGUAAUGUUCCUUUAUCUAGCAUGAAGUGUAUAUAUCAUUAUUAUUAUCAUGUUGUAAUUUGUGUGGUAAUGUUCCUUUAACUAGCGUGAAGUGUACAUAUUAUUAUUAUCAUGUUGUAAUUUGAAUGGUAAUGUUUCUUUAACUAGCGUGAAGUGUACAAAUUAUUAUUAUGUUGUAAUUUGAAUGGUAAUGUUCUUUAACUAGCGUGAAGUGUACAUAUUAUUAUUAUCAUGUUGUAAUUUGAAUGGUAAUGUUUCUUUAACUAGCGUGAAGUGUACACAUUAUUAUUAUCAUGUUGUAAUUUGAAUGGUAAUGUUUCUUUAACUAGCGUGAAGUGUACAAAUUAUUAUUAUGUUGUAAUUUGAAUGGUAAUGUUCUUUAACUAGCGUGAAGUGUACAUAUUAUUAUUAUCAUGUUGUAAUUUGAAUGGUAAUGUUUCUUUAACUAGCGUGAAGUGUACACAUUAUUAUUAUCAUGUUGUAAUUUGAAUGGUAAUGUUCUUAAACUAGCGUGAAGUGUACAUAUUAUUAUUAUCAUGUUGUAAUUUGAAUGGUAAUGUUCUUUAACUAGCGUGAAGUGUACACAUUAUUAUUAUCAUGUUGUAAUUUGAAUGGUAAUGUUCCUUUAUCUAGCGUGAAGUGUACAUAUUAUUAUUUUUUUAUUAUUUUUAUUAAAUUCAUGUCAUAAAAUUAAACUAAGAUGAAAAUGUUUUAUGUCACAUUAUUGCGUGUAUGGUUUCUGAAAGUUAUUGUUAAUUAAUUGCUUUUCGUUUCCAUUGAAAUCGAUUUUGAAAUUGAAUUCUUAGUCUUCUUGAUUUCCAUAAAAUUGACGAAUGCACAUACAUCCGAGCACCUAGUACUACAGCUGGGUAUCUUUCUACACUUCCAUGGAUCAAAGCAACGAAGUUUUAAUGACAUCUGCAUUUAAUGUCACUUUAAAUGUUUUAAAAGUUCUAAAUGCCACAUAAUUAAUGCCACUUUGAAUGUUGAAAAGUUGUAACUGGCUCAUUAAAUAAUGUCACUUUGAAGGCUUUAAGGUUUUAAGUGCAUCUUUGUGUUAUGUCACUUUGAAUGUUGUUAGGUUCAAAAGGAAGAUUUUUGCAAUGUCACUCAAAAAGGUUUAAAUGCCUCUUUGUUUUAUGUCACUUUGAAUGUAUUCGGUUUUACUGCUCACGCCUUGCUUUUGAUAUUUAUUAAACGU